UCUUACCCCGCGCGGUGCAUCUCUUUGCGGACUCCGUGGAGGCUCGGCGCUGCGGCGGACUCCGGCGGUGGGCGGGCUUCCGCGCAGGGCGGCCGGGCUCCGCGCUGCCGCCGCCGUGGCCCAUGGGCACAAUCGUCUCGGAAGGCCGGCAUUAAACCAAAAAGAUGUCCCUAUAUGAUGACCUGGGAGUGGAGACCAGUGACUCAAAAACUGAGGGCUGGUCCAAAAACUUCAAGCUUCUGCAGUCCCAGCUCCAGGUGAAGAAGGCGGCGCUCACUCAGGCCAAGAGCCAAAGGACCAAGCAAAGUACAGUGCUUGCUCCGGUCAUCGACCUAAAGCGAGGCGGCUCCUCAGAUGACCGGCAGAUUGCAGACACACCACCUCACGUGGCAGCUGGGCUGAAGGACCCUGUGCCCAGUGGGUUUUCUGCAGGGGAAGUUCUGAUCCCCUUAGCUGAUGAAUAUGACCCUAUGUUCCCUAAUGACUAUGAGAAAGUGGUGAAGCGCCAGAGAGAAGAGCGACAGAGGCAGCGGGAGCUGGAAAGACAGAAGGAAAUAGAGGAAAGAGAAAAGAGACGUAAAGACAGACACGAAGCCAGUGGGUUUUCAAGACGACCAGACCCAGAUUCUGAUGAGGAUGAAGAUUAUGAGCGAGAGCGGAGGAAAAGAAGUAUGGGAGGAGCUGCCAUCGCCCCACCAACGUCUCUUGUAGAGAAAGACAAAGAGCUACCCCGGGAUUUUCCUUAUGAAGAGGACUCAAGACCGAGAUCACAGUCUUCCAAAGCUGCUAUUCCUCCCCCCGUGUAUGAGGAGCCAGACAGACCAAGAUCUCCAACAGGCCCCAGCAACUCCUUCCUUGCUAACAUGGGUGGCACAGUGGCUCAUAAGAUCAUGCAGAAGUAUGGCUUCCGGGAAGGUCAGGGACUGGGGAAACACGAGCAAGGGCUGAGUACUGCACUGUCUGUGGAGAAGACCAGCAAGCGUGGCGGCAAGAUCAUUGUGGGGGAUGCGACAGAGAAGGGCGAGGCUCAGGAUGCAUCCAAGAAGUCGGAUUCAAAUCCAUUAACUGAAAUUCUUAAGUGUCCUACUAAAGUGGUCUUGCUGAGGAACAUGGUUGGUGCGGGAGAGGUCGAUGAGGACUUGGAGGUUGAAACCAAGGAAGAAUGUGAAAAAUAUGGCAAAGUUGGGAAGUGUGUGAUAUUUGAGAUUCCUGGUGCCCCUGAUGAUGAAGCAGUAAGGAUAUUUUUAGAAUUUGAGAGAGUCGAAUCAGCAAUUAAAGCUGUUGUUGAUCUGAAUGGGAGGUAUUUUGGUGGACGGGUGGUUAAAGCAUGUUUCUACAACUUGGAUAAAUUCAGGGUCUUGGAUCUAGCAGAACAAGUUUGAUUGUAACUUAAAGUCACCUCCUUGAUCCUUACAUGAGCUACAGACUGAACAAUGACACAGGCAUGGCUGUUGUGUCCAUGGUUGGUGGACACUGAAACUCUUGGAUGGACUUCUAAAAUAUAUGUUGAUGGAUCCCUUUUUUAUUUUGUGUUUUUUUUAAUAUAGUAUAAAAAUCCUUUAAAAAUC